CACCUCAUCCUCGACUCACUCUCAUUUCUCUCUUCCUCACUAUUUCUUUUUCUUCCUUCACGUUUUCUUUCUUUCUUCAGCAGACCCAUUUCUGCUCUUUCUUCCUUUCUUCUCCUUUUCUUCUUCUUUUCUUUCUUUUUUACCUACUUUAUCUCCUUCUUUUAUUUGCUGCAACAACUCCCCACCGUUCCUCUUUCUCUUUUGAUCAGCAUCUCCACAUCCUUUUCUUCUCCAUGGACAACCAGUCCAUGAGCCACCACCUCUACUCUCCCUCUUGCAACCGCUGAUCACACCAUCACUAUCACCAUGAUUCUUCUCCUUUCUAACUUGCAGCAACAAACAUGGCACCACCACCAAUAUGAAAGCCACACACACCCCUUCUCAUCACAUAUUUGCUCCAUCUUCUAACCACCACCGUUCCUUGCUCUCCAUAGAGCCUAACAAUCCACCAUCUUUGUUCUCCUUCUUCUGGUUUUGAAUGGAGACCCCCAUGAAAGGACCCAAGCACCACCACCGUGAGCGCCACCACGCAGAGGACGCCACCGGCACAUCAUCUUCUCAUUUUCCUUGGGUAUGAAUAACGGAAGCGCUUGACGACGAAGCCAAAGAACAGACGGAAGUGAGCCAACACGGGAAAGCAAAGAUAUGACUGGAUUUGAUUUGAGUCGCAACUUAGUAAGGAAAGCGCCUAAGCAGAAGACAUGUCUAGUCACUGGGGGAUCCUUGUUUCAGAUCCAUGGCUUCAGAAUCAGUUCACCCAAGCGGAGCUUCGCAGCUUGAAAACCCAUUUCAUGAGCAUGAGGAGAGAGAGUGGGAAGCUUGUGAUUGCUGAUUUGGCUUCAAAGAUGUCCAAGUUGAAGGUUGUGGGAGAAAAUCUAAGUGAGGAGGAGAGAGCUUCUCACAUCCAGGAUUUGUAUCCGAACACAGAUGAAGAGGUUGAUUUUGAAUUGUUUCUUAAGGUUUACUUGAAACUACAAAUAUUUGUAAAUUCUAGAAUUGGAAGUAGUCCAAGGAACUCUUCGGCAUUCCUAAAGGCGGCUACAACCACAUUACUUCACACUAUAAGUGAACCUGAGAAAGCAUCAUAUGUUGCACAUAUAAAUCACUAUCUUGCACAAGAUGAGUUCCUCAAGAAAUCCCUUCCUAUUGAUCCUUCAACCAAUGAGCUCUUUGAAAUUGUGAAAGAUGGUGUUCUUCUAUGCAAGCUUAUCAAUGUGGCAGUUCCGAGGACUAUUGAUGAACGGGCGAUCAAUACAAAAAGAUUACUCAAUCCAUGGGAAAGAAAUGAAAAUCACACUCUUUGUCUUAACUCUGCUAAGGCAAUUGGAUGUACAGUAGUUAACAUUGGAACCCAGGACUUCAUUGAAGGAAGACGUCAUCUGGUGCUUGGGCUGAUUUCACAGAUUAUUAAGAUACAAUUACUGGCGGACCUCAAUCUAAAGAAAACUCCUCAGCUUCUUGAGUUACUUGGUGAUAGUAAGGAUAUGGAAGAGUUGAUGAAUCUUCCACCAGAAAAGAUCUUGUUAAGGUGGAUGAAUUUCCAUUUGAAGAAGGCAGAGUACAAGAAGAUUGUGACCAACUUCUCCUCUGAUGUGAAGGAUGCUGAGGCUUAUGCCCACCUUCUAAAUGUUCUUGCGCCUGAAUACGCUAAUCCCUCCACACUGGCUGUUAAAAAUCCAUUUGAAAGAGCAAAGUUAGUCCUGGAACAUGCUGAUAAGAUGGGUUGCAAGCGAUACUUAACUGCAAGAGACAUAUUAGAAGGAUCCCCAAAUCUCAAUCUUGCAUUUGUUGCACAUAUUUUCCAGCACAGGAAUGGACUUUCAGCCCUGACAAAACAAAUUUCUCUGCUUGAAACUUUGCCUGAUGAUACCCAAGACUCUAGAGAAGAGAGAGCGUUUCGCCUUUGGAUUAAUAGUCUUGGAAAUUCAGCCUAUAUCAACAAUGUAUUUGAGGAUCUCAGAAACGGGUGGGUUCUUUUAGAGACUCUUGACAAGGUGUCACCAGGGAUUGUCAAUUGGAAGAUCGCUAACAAGCCUCCAAUUAAGAUGCCAUUUAGAAAAGUAGAGAACUGCAACCAAGUUGUGAAAUUGGGGAAACAGCUCAAGUUUUCCUUGGUUAAUGUUGCUGGAAAUGAUAUUGUGCAGGGAAAUAAAAAAUUAAUAUUAGCUUAUUUGUGGCAGUUGAUGCGAUGCAAUAUUCUCCAACUUCUGAAGAACUUGAGAUUUCACUCUCAUGGGAAGGAAAUUACUGAUGCUGAUAUUUUAGAAUGGGCCAACAGCAAAGUUUGCAGCUCAGGAAGUCAAAGUCGCAUGGGUAGUUUUAAGGAUAAAAGUUUUUCAGAUGGAAUAUUUUUCCUUGAGCUUCUUAGUUCUGUGCAGCCCAGAGCUGUUAGUUGGGGUCUUGUAACAAAAGGAGUAACAGACCAAGAGAAAACGAUGAAUGCCACCUACAUUAUCAGUAUUGCAAGAAAGCUUGGAUGUUCUAUAUUCUUGCUUCCUGAAGACAUCACUGAGGUGAAUCAAAAGAUGAUCCUUACACUUACAGCUAGUAUAAUGUAUUGGUUCCUAAAACACCCUCAUGAAGAACGGACAAUUGGAACUUCAGAUAGUGAGAGUGGGAAUCAAUUGGAGACUACAUCAAAUUCUACACUAGAUGACUCUGCUUCUGAUUCAUCAGUAGAUGAAAAUGGAAACAUGUAAAUAUGCGAGGAGUGAACCGUUUUUUAAUGAUCUAUAUUUGAAACCCUGAUUAGUUGAUCUGUAGAUCAAUAUAGGGGGCAGGUAAUUUAUUGGUUUCAAAGCAAAUUUUGUUCAAGCAAUUGCUAUGUAAAUAGUUUUCACCCUGUUUGGAACCUUAUUUCAAAGCAAAUCUCCUUGAGUCAUCAGUUCAAGUUCCACAUAUGAAAGAGAAAAAAAAAAACUAAUUGCUGGCCAUUGAGUAACUUGGAACGAGUUUGCAUAUUUCUAA